CAAGCCCACCACAUACUCUUUCAAGCAAUGAAAAAGACAAAGUACAGAAGUGCGACGAACAGAAAAAGGUAACUUUUUAAAUUUUUGAUUACAAUUUGACAACUCGAAUGGUAAGCGUUAAUAACAAAACCAAUUGAAUGAUUUCAUAUAAACAUUCUAAAUGUAUUUUAAAUUGGUGUGGAAACUCGAUUUUUAUAUACUAUGUUUUAUUGCCCAUCUAGGUUCCUGGUGUUCAAUGUAAUCCCUAAAAUUAAUCCCAAUUUUAAGAUUAUUCUCUCCAGGACAAAUCAAACCACCAUUUAAUCCGUCUCAACUCUACUGCCCAAUGAUAUCGCAACCCCUGACGCGCAACAGCAGUAAUAUUAAACCCUACGGCAGCUACUCAGGCUCAAUCCGCGUUUCCGAUUUUUUUCUGUCGUUUUUAUUUUCUCAAUGAAGAUGGAAGAUCUAAUAUUCGAGGAACUAGAUGAUUUGAUGCAUUUCUCUGUUAGCGACCUUCCGAAUCGGGGCUACGCGGUGAUGGAAGAGAUCCGGAGGCAGGGGAAACUGUGCGACGUCACCCUCAAGGUUGGGGAUAACAAGUUCAGUGCUCACAGGAUUGUACUGGCCGCCUCCAUCCCCUACUUCCAUGCCAUGUUCACCAAUGACAUGAUGGAAUGCAAGCAGGAUGAGAUUGUGAUGCAGGGCAUGGACCCCAGUGCUCUGGAAGCCCUAAUAAACUUUGCCUAUAAUGGUCAUGUGGCAAUAGAUCAGCAGAACGUCCAGUCUCUGCUCAUUGGGGCCAGCUUCCUGCAGCUCCAGAAUGUCAAGGAUGCUUGCUGCUCUUUCUUGAGAGAAAGACUGCACCCGAAGAACUGUCUGGGUGUGCGGCAGUUUGCGGAGACGAUGAUGUGCACCACGCUGUACGAUGCUGCCAACAGCUUCAUCCAUCAGCACUUUGUGGAGGUGUCCAUGUCCGAGGAGUUCCUCGCGCUGGGAGCGGAGGAGGUGCUGGAGCUGGUGAGCCGAGACGAGCUCAACGUGAAGGAAGAGGAGCAGGUGUUUGAGGCGGUACUGGCCUGGGUGCGACACCAGCGCGAGGAGAGAGUGUCGCAGCUGCCUGAGCUCCUGUCCAAAACCCGGCUCCCGCUUUGCCGGCCGCAAUUCCUGUCAGACCGGGUGCAGCAGGACGAGCUGGUGCGCUGCAGCCACAAGUGCAGGGAUCUGGUUGAUGAAGCAAAGGACUAUCAUCUGAUGCCUGAGCGAAGACCACACCUCCCAGCCUUCAAAACCCGCCAGCGCUGCUGCACCACCAUCGCAGGGCUCAUCUAUGCAGUAGGGGGACUAAACUCUGCAGCAAAUUUCUAUGCAGGUGACUCCCUGAACGUGGUGGAAAUGUUUGACCCCAUUGGCAACUGCUGGGAGCGAUGUCAGCCAAUGACGACCGCACGCAGCCGGGUGGGCGUGGCUGUGGUGAACGGGCUUCUCUACGCAAUUGGAGGGUAUGAUGGGCAAUCCCGGCUCAGCACGGUAGAGGUGUACAACCCAGAGACUGACAUCUGGACACAGGUGGCCAGCAUGAACAGCAAGCGCAGUGCGAUGGGCACAGUGGUAGUGGAUGGGCAGAUCUAUGUAUGUGGAGGCUACGAUGGCAAAUCUUCCCUCAACUCCGUUGAGUGCUACUCUCCAGAGGCAGACAAGUGGACAAUGGCGACCCCCAUGAACGCUAGUCGUAGUGCAGCAGGGGUCACAGUGUUUGAGGGCCGGAUCUUUGUCUCUGGGGGACAUGACGGGCUGCAGAUCUUCAACUCGGUGGAAUACUACAACCAGCACACAGCCUCCUGGCACCCGGUGUCAGGGAUGAUGAAUAAGAGGUGUCGCCACGGCGCAGCAGCUCUCGGGAGCAAGCUCUAUGUUGCUGGGGGGUAUGACGGCUCAGGGUUCCUUAGUGUGGCAGAGGUGUACAGCUCAAUCGCAGACCAGUGGAGCCAUCUGGUGGCCAUGAACACACGACGGAGCAGGGUCUCAUUGGUGGCGAACUGUGGGCGGCUGUACGCAGUGGGCGGCUAUGAUGGUCAGUCCAACUUGAACUCUGUGGAGAUGUAUGACCCUGAAACCAACCGCUGGACCUUCAUGGCACCCAUGGUAUGCCAUGAAGGGGGUGUAGGGGUAGGCUGUGUCCCACUUCUGCCUGCCUAGCCCCUGUUCAAUUACCCACUCUUUUAGCAACGGGUGAAGCGACUUCCAAAAAGAUAAUUCCACAACCAGUUGUGUUUCUUGGAGAGGAUAUGGGGAAGAAGAACAAUGGAGUAUUUAGUAAGGUUUUCCUUUUUGUUUUUCUUGGAGUUCGCAGACUCAAAGGUGUGUGUCUGGAAACGAUGCAACACAAAACAGACACUGAGGAUGGCACAAAGCACAACUCCUCGUCCGUCCUCCUCCGCUGUGGGGUGGGAGAGGGGAUGGAGUCUGGACCGUGAUCUGGGAAUUGUAGGUCUUUCAGUUUGUUUGUCCUCCAAUACUUCAGUCCAGAUAACUGCUGGGCGAUGGCAGAGAUCACUGGCACAAAGCCUCUUUACAAGUGGCUAUGAACCAGAGGUUUUGAGUUCAUUCUUUGUUGGAGAGCCUGAAGUUGGAAACUAGACACUCCUCUCAAGGAGAAAGAUGGAUCAUGGCCAAACUGACCUGAUUUAGGAUGUUCAAGUGUAUUAAUAAUGAGCUAAAACCUUCCUGUCUUUUUCCACAUCCUUGCUUUCGUAAAAAAAGAGUUAAAAUUCCCUUGUUAGAUGGCUUUUAAUCUUUUUAUUUAUUUUACAAGGUGCUUGAAUUGUUUUGUAGCCUUGAAACUGCUCAUUUCCAUCUUCCAUUCAUUCAGCAUGGGCAAAUAUUCUCAGUGUAUAAAGUACAUGUAACAAGGGCAAUCAAAUCUCUGUCUUCUAUUCAGUGACAGUUCUUUAGUAAGAAUUUAAUUCUAAAUGAGUGACUGACCAGAGGAAAUGAUUAGAGAAAAUUGAAAUCUGUACACAUUCUAUGUUCUUCUUGUAAUGGAAGAGUGCAGUUCAUUUACACAAGUAGUGUUUUUUUUUAGAAUAUUUACAGCUCUUCAAACAAAUGACCCCUUGAUUUUAAGUUGAGUUUCAAUCCAUUCAUGGUGUAAAAGCCUCCACUGACAGUUCAGAAUGAGUUAUAGUCUACCAUGUUCUUGUUCAUAUCCAGGCUAUGUUAUUGUCCAAUUGUGAUCCCAUAGGACUUGACCUGCAAAUGAUGAGCUGCUAUAUUUGAAUGGGAUGGAAUCAUCUGAAGGAUCUGCUGUUCAUUCUGUGGCGAUGAAUCCUGUCCUUUUGCAUUUGUCUUGCUGCUGACACGCAAGCCCUGUUGUUGCUUCAGACUCAGUAGAAAAAGAUGUACAGUAGAUGCAUUGAUGCUAAAGGUAUGUAAAGCUUUGUCUCUGUUCAGACUGCCUCAGUGUUUGGAGUGUAAUGCUUAAAUUGUAAUACUUAAAUACUUAAAUUGCUGGGUCUAAAAGGGUAAAUACAUUAUUGACAGUUCCUAUUUAAAUUAAUGUAAAACAUUACUUUUCAGGGCUGACGUCUGCUAACAUGACAUUAAUUUUUUAAGUGUGUCAUUCAUCUGCAGUUACUUUGCAAUUCAAGUUGAUUGUAAAUGGAGCAAAACAUUAAGUCCAGUCUCAAGUGUCCAGUAGCCAUAUCAGCCUGCAACUCACAUCUGGCAACCCACUGAAGCUAUGCAAGUGUGAGCCUGGUCAGUACCUGGAUGGGAGACC